AUGUCGGGUGCCUCAGUCUUCCUGGAAUCACACGGGGGCAUCUCUCGAGACAUAACACGCAGCACCACACGCAUCAUACGCGACGGGCGCGGCGAUAUCACGGUUGAGCCUCACCCGCCUUUGCAGAGCCUGCAGAACCUCACUUGUCUGGCGCUUAUUACUGUCGACGACUGGCGCGUUUCAUUUGAAGCUCAAGUCGACGGUUUCACCAUUGUGCCCCCCGGUGCUGAGUCUUUGCCUGGCUACUACACGAUCAAACUGCCUGCAUCGACCAGCGAGCACCGCCAGAGCACAAUCCUGCGACCCGGCGAUUGCAUCCGCCUCCAUGAUGAAUUCGAGUCCACCUUGAGAGUUGAGGACGUGAAGGUGGAUUCGUCCAUCCCACCCACUAACAAUGAAACGCACGAGGUUGCCGAGACGCAGCAGCAGCCAUCGGAUGGCACCAUCCGGAGGACUCGAAAGCCAAUCACGAAGCGGACAGCUGUUCAAGUUGAACAGUCUAUGCAAGGAUCCAACACUUUGCGUUCGUCUACGCCGGCUCAGACCACCCAACAGUCUAUGAUGGUAGCAGAGACGCCGGCUACAUAUCGCAAAGCGCCGUUCACAGCCAUAAAUGCUAAGGACAACGAGCUGCAGAAGCCAACAGAUCCACAAGACAUUGUGAGCACUAAUGUGAGCACGCCGACGGCUGUUAAGGACUCCUUUGCGGAAAGACCCAAGAACAGGACGCCGCGUGAGCAAAGCGUGCCUUCUUUGGAGCUUGGCUCUUUCACGCCUGGUGACCACACUUCUAUCCAAGUCAAUGAUGUUGAGGGGGAAGAUGAGACAACAGCAUCAGAACGAGAAUCCGAUGCUGUCGAAGAACAGGAGAGGGAGAAUGCCAAGUUCUCUCCCGCUCCCAAAAGUGUGAGCACAAAUCAGAGUCUUCGCGCCACAACACCACCUGACGGGUCGAAUGCCCUUGAGGAAUCCUCCUCGGAUCCUCUGCAAGCAGCGGAUGUAACGAUGGCCGAACCCUCCUCCAACGCUGAAGAGGAAGUACCAAACGUCAGACCGACAAGGACACGGCGAGUAAAACCUGAGCCGCAGGUGCGGAUCCCCGUGUCACGCAACAGUAAGAAGAGGGCUUCUCCACAACAUUCCGAACAGGAUCGGCCAACAAAAAAGAAGAAAAAGGCCCAGGAGAUCGAUGAGUCUGAAGAGUCGCUCGCGUCAAGCAUUAGGAUUCGCAUUGAUGGCACUCCCAGUCAGCCUAUUGAGCCUUUCAGGGAAGAGAGUACCGCAGCUCGAUCACAGAGCUUGCAAAGGUCCAUGAGCUCUUCGAUCAAUGUCAUGUCGCCAUAUAUUGCCAAGGCCGCACGCGUCGCAUUCAGCAACACGAAGGUAACGGAGCGUGAAGGAUCGUUGACCUUCUUGAGGAAGUCGGGGGUCAAAAUCGUUGAGAAGGUCACGGAAAAAGGCUGCGAUAUUGUUUGCAUCGGGUCGAUCAACGGCACGUAUGUGAAAAGCGCUAAACUACUACUUGGCUUGGCGUUGGGGAAGACGAUUGCGUCAGACAGCUGGGUUCUCAACAGUCGAAAGGCAGGCAAACUUCUGGAUCCCUCUCAGUACCCUCCGCUGAAUGCCCCCAGUGAGUGGGGCUGGGGUGAUGACGAAACCCAAGCCAGCAACAUCCUCAACGUGGACAGAUCCGAGCUGUUCAAAGGAAAAUGCUUCUUCUUCACGUCUGCCACGAGAAAGGAGUAUGGCAGCGGAUUUAGCGACAUUGAGAAGAUCGUCCAAGCAUGUGGUGCGAAGGUCAUGGCUAAGUCGGCACGGGAAUACAAACAUGGCGAUAACAACAUCAUUGUCGCUACUGAUCACGACCUAGAGGCAAUGUCGUUGACUGGUGCAGAUAAGGACGGAGAGUACCGUCAGUGCUACAGCAAGGAACUAAUCUCAAUGUCGGUGCUCCGCGGCUCACUUGACCUUGAGAAUGAAGAUUUCUUGAUCCAACCCAGCAGCAGCCAAUCGAAGAAGAGUAAGAAGCCGGCUGCGAGGAAGGGGAGGAGUGGAUAA